UUCAAAGAUGUGUUUUGUUUGUGUUUGUAUUCGUGUUAGUGUUGAUGGUUGAUAUUUUGUUUUGAUUUUGAGUGUGCGGAUACAUUGUGCGUGGGUUUUUCGUUAUUGACAUAAUUACAUUUCGAGUAGUGCUAAUUCAGGUUUUUACAUUUGAAGAUGGGAAAGUCUUGUGAGCAGCUACUGCCCCCAUCCGAGGCACUGCCAGGGAUCGGUGAACACUGUGUUGUGUUCCACAAUGGCAAGGGAUUCUAUUACACCUGCAGGGAAUACUCAACUUCAUUUGAAAAGAGGCAGUUUAAGUGCGUGAGGGCGGAGUGUGGGGUGACUGCCACCAUGGGUCCUGAGCUCGGGUCUCCCCUACAAGACGAUGGAAGUCACACUCACCCAGCCGACUGGGGCUACAGAGACAAGUGUUUGCUGCUACAGACUAUCAAAGAGCGGUUCCUGCGAGACAAUUCUUCAGCUUCACUGAUUUUACAAGAAAUACUAUCAUCAUUCAUGUUUGAAAAUGAUGAGGACAACGAAGCAUCUUGUGAAUUCGAAUCUAUAACCAUUGAGGAACAAACACCAUUGAAGGUGUUCAAAGUAGAGCCAAAUCUCGUGGAUCCAAUCGAGGAAAACAGAGAACUUGAAGAGGAGUUGGACAAACUAUCAUCCGUGUUAUCAUCCACAACACGGACCUACAGCAGAAUUAAGAGCAGAGAGAAAACAAAAAUAGAACAACCGUCCUCCAGUGAGGAUGAGAGAGAAGAAGAGGAAGUAAAGAGGCCAGAUUUUGUAGCAGUACCGGUAGAAGAUGAAGAGCUGUACAACUUGCUAGGCACACCAGAAGAAUCAUUGGCUGACCCAGACCUUGAAUGUGAAAGGACAAAAAGAAGCAGGAAAAGAAAGAAGACGCUGUGUGAUCAAGCUAUGUCGCCAGCGAAACAGCCGGAUGAACUAUCACUAAUCACUGCGCAGCCAGUUAAAGGAAAACUCAGUGAGUAUCGUGCAGAAGAGAAAACAGUGGGUAAUAAAUCCGCUGUGAGCAAGGAAGAAGAAAUGAGUGAUGAUGACAGCCUUUUAGAAGUGGAGGUAAAAGAGAAGGCAACUGAAGUGAUCUAUAUCGAUUCACUGGACUCACGAGAAACAUCACCAGACACAGACCGUGUUACAUGUGAAGGAAUGGAAAGAGGAAGGAAAAGGAAACAAAUGCUUCGUGUGAGACAAGAUCGGAUAUCCUCCAAAAGAAAGACUAGAAGCAGUAAGAGAUGUAGAAGAGAUCGCUCUCCCAGCUGUGACGUAGAGUGGUUUGUUAAUGGAACCCCGAUGCGACUGCAGGGCGAACAUUACCCUGUGUUAAUAUCGCAAUCCAAUUGGAAAGAGAUAACAAAGGAAUGUUAUGUUUGUAGAAAACAUGGAAAAAGAAAACAAGUUCACUUUCAGUGUAAGCAGUGUGUUGUAGGGCUCCAUGUAAACAGUUGUUUUGAAAUAUAUCACACCCGUGAAGACAUUUAAGAUGAGUUUAGUUUGGUUCUGUUGCGGUAUCAAACCGAAAAAUUAUAACUCGUUAAAUUUA